AUCUCUGUUUACGCACCAGCCGCGCUUUUCGAUUUCCUGUCUGAGCGCUCAAAUUUGUCAACAUUGCCAAUUGUUUGUGUAAUGCUGCCUUACAUAGAGGAGAAUGUGCCGGAGUUGUUAUGUCAGCGCACCAGCAUAGCCUUCUGUGCCAAUCUGCAUCUGGGUCGGGGUCACGGACGCACCGUGUCCAGCUUAGUGCUUGGCCGCAAUCUCAAGUUCUACGAAUUCCGCAAUAAGGAGCUGCUGCAUCACAUUGAUCUCCAGCAAAGCCAGCUGAAACAGCUGACCGACAAACUGCAGUCCUACGAUGGUCCCAUGAGCAGCUUUCUCAGGCGCGAAGACGAGGCUGGGGCCAGGGCCAACAAUCCGAAUGCGUCGCUGCCGACGGUGGACCACAGCAUGCUGCAGGCUGCCGAGGAUCUCCCACUCGGCAUCGGCAAGUUUGUGUGGCUGCAGGAGCAGCUGUACAUUCUGGUGCACUGCUGGCAGCUGCUGCUGGUGCUGCGCCGUCCCCCCGAACAUGGCGCCAAUUUUGAGCUGGUGGCCCAGCACGAUCACGUGGCGGGUUUCAGGAUGGUCAACGGUCCCAUCAAGCACCAGGCGUACGUGGAGCUGCGCUUCACCAAUGGCAAGCGUCAGCGUACCGACUUUCAGCCAGGGGAGCCAUCCCACAGCAGCAGCAGAACCUCCAGCAGCGCUGACUCCCUGCCGAACCAACACUUCGAGCGACUGCUGCAGAAGGUGCACACCGCACGGGCGGAGCUGUGCAGCCAGCGGGCGCAGACGCAGCAGGACUUUGCUCGCAUGGUGGAGCUGCAGACCUUCGGCCCGCCCGGUCACCGCUCCCUGCUGCUGGAGGAGAAGCAACUGCUGCGGCGCUUCGGCGAUGUCUGGACGAGGAUCUGUGGCGAUUACCUGGUCUGUGGCACACUCCUGGCCAACAUAGCGGGCAGCAAUCGCCUGUCCAUUGUGCACAGUCUGCGGCCGCUGCUGCAUCUGGACAAUGGCGGCGGGGACAGCCUCAGCUACGAGCAUCGUCUGUAUGAGCUGCCCGUGCAGCCGAAUGGCCAGCCGCCCGAGGACUACGAUGCGUUGGCCCAGUUCUGGUCGUGCCAGGAUCAGCACAGUCGUCGCCUCAACUGGCGUCCCGUGGCCCAGGCCUCCCAGCUGCUGCCGGACUGUACGGCCGUGCUGCUGGUGCGUCUGCGGCUCGAGGAUCUGCUGCAGGCCGAGCAGCUCCAGCUGUUGGCCAUCUAUGAGAUAAGAAAUGGCGUCGCGGAUUCCGCGCCGUGCACGCGUCAAAUGCACUUGGCCAGCAUUGAUGUGGUGGCGCUGCUGCAGCAGCCCGAAGCACUGGCUCCCCGCUUUGCACCCGCCACACUGCACCAGGACUUUCUGGCCGUGAUCAUGACCCAGACGGCACAUUGCGCCCUGCGUCUGGAUUUUAUCGAUGGUCAGGCGGCCCAGGAUUGUGCGCGCUUCGAGCAGCUGCUCGUUGCCAAGCUGCAGUUCGAGCUGAUCACGGAUCAGGGCACACAACAAGCCUCCGCUGAGCGCGGCUCCGACGAGGAUAUGCUUGAUGCAUUUUAUGACACACCAACCGCCACGACGACGCUCCAGCAGCAGCGCAUCUUCUACAACAGCCAGCCCCAGUCGCAAUGGUGCGGAGUGCUGCUGCUGCGCGAUGAUCCCGGCCAGCAUUGGCAUGUCUAUGCCCGGACCCAGGCCCGUUUGCGUCUGCUGCUGCAUCGCUUAAUGCGCGAUCUGCUGCAGCUGCACUGCAACCUCUCCGUGCUGGAGUUGAGCGCAUACAAUGCGGCACCCGCCGAUGUGGCUGGCGCCUUCGAGGCGUGUCUGCGCGAGGAGCUGCUGGCCUGGACGCAGCUGCUAAAGCCAACAGAGCAACAAAAGGAUCGUCUGCAGCAGCUAACAAAUUUGCAUCAGCUGCAAAUGGCCAGCGAUGUGCUGGCAACUGUGAUAAGGAGAGCAAAGCAAGAGGAGGAGUGAGAUUUCUGCUGCUGCAGGAGACGCUUUGGAGUCCCCGCAGCUCGUUCUGCGAUCGCUUCCUCGCAGGAUUGAGCCCCUGGCUGGCAAAGCACGCUUUGUGUUUGGUUCAUUUAA